AUGUUUGCGGGAGGGUACGCUGGUAGCCACCGGGGGGUUCCCGGCAGGCGCAAGCCCAAUUACUGUCCUCCUGAAAACCUGCAGAUCCCUAAACCGGCAGCGCCAAGCAGCACCGUUCGGAAGAGCAGCAGCAGUGACAGCGGCAAGAUGCUGUCUAUGUCAUACAGCGAAAGCAUCCGGAGCGGGAUCAACCGCUACCACUCGGACCAGGGGCUGAAUCAGCCACAACCCCGGCCCACAGACCAUGCUGAGCUGCAGAGACUCCGGGAACAGAGAGUCGCCGCUCAGAUUAAGAACAUGGAAGACUUCCUGAAGAUGAAUGGUCUUGCCAUGGAAGAGUGUGUGUCCUAUCAGACAGGCAUGAAGUACAGAAACCUCGGGAAGUCAGGCCUGCGGGUGUCCUGCCUCGGAUUAGGAACAUGGGUGACGUUCGGUGGACAGAUAACGGAUGAGAUGGCAGAGCAGCUGAUGACUCUGGCCUAUGAAAAUGGCAUCAAUCUGUUUGACACAGCGGAGGUCUACGCUGCUGGAAAGGCAGAGGUGGUGCUCGGGAACAUCAUAAAGAAGAAAGGAUGGAGACGUUCAACUCUAGUGAUAACAACGAAGAUCUUCUGGGGCGGAAAAGCGGAAACUGAAAGAGGUUUAUCCCGAAAACACAUUAUAGAAGGUUUAAAAGCAUCUCUAGAAAGACUGCAGUUAGACUACGUUGAUGUGGUUUUUGCGAACAGACCGGACCCUAAUACACCUAUGGAAGAAACGGUGCGAGCAAUGACCCAUGUGAUAAAUCAAGGCAUGGCCAUGUACUGGGGGACAUCCCGCUGGAGCCCAAUGGAGAUAAUGGAAGCCUAUUCUGUGGCACGACAGUUCAACCAGAUUCCUCCUAUCUGUGAGCAGGCUGAGUACCACAUGUUUCAGAGAGAGAAGGUGGAGGUGCAGCUACCUGAACUCUUCCAUAAGAUAGGUGUGGGGGCCAUGACGUGGUCACCACUGGCCUGCGGGAUCAUUUCAGGGAAAUAUGAUGGCAGGGUGCCUCCCUACUCUCGGGCCUCUCUGAAGGGUUACCAGUGGUUGAAGGACAAGAUCUUGAGCGAGGAGGGCCGGCGUCAGCAGGCGAAGUUGAAAGAGCUGCAGGCAAUCGCGGAGCGGCUGGGCUGCACUCUGCCCCAACUCGCCAUCGCGUGGUGCCUACGGAACGAGGGAGUGAGCUCUGUCCUUUUAGGGGCGUCCAACACCGACCAGCUGAUGGAGAACAUCGGAGCGAUACAGGUUCUUCCAAAGUUGUCAUCGUCCAUCACACACGAGGUGGACAGCAUCCUGGGGAACAAGCCGUACAGUAAAAAGGACUACCGUUCCUAACGUGCAGCACAGCCCCGCCCGGCAGGGCUGCACCCAUGCUGCAGCUGCAGCGCCCCACCUUUGCCUGAUCCUCUGUUUGCUUGAGCUUUUACUGAGUGAGACCCUGGCGCAUGAGUCUGGCCACACCAAGGCCACCCAGGGCAUCUCAUUUAGAGUUACAGGGAUAAGAUAAGAGAAGGGGGAAAAAAUAGUCACCUCCACAGGAAAUGAAGGGAUUCAGAAAGAAAGACAAAAGUGGAAGAGGGGUUAGGGAUAUGUGCUCAUACUUAAAUCAGUUAUUCAUUCAAUUCAGCUGAACAUAUUUUAAAACCUUAGAGAAAAAUACCUUUUUAAAAAAAAAUAAGCACACGCUUGCUUGGCAACCAGAUUUCUCUUCUUUUUUCUUUUUCUUUUUUGGUUUGCUUUUUUCUAAAACUGAAUGCAACUAAAAGGAAGAUUAAGUUCAUACUGUAUGAAUAUACAAGAACUACUCUGUUGCACAUGUACCAUAGCCAUGCAUUUCUUGGAUGUUCUGUUUACAAACACCUGUGUACUGUAUAAGUCCGUCAAGGUUUCUCUGAAAGAAAAACUGUUUGUGUUGUCUACAUUAUCAGUGUAUGA